AAACUCGCACCGUGCCACUCGCUUGAACGACAACGAAGACGGCACGCUCACCGAUCUCGGAACCUAUGCCAAUCCCACUUACGGAAAUGGAAGGAGCUCCGGAGGGUUUCCGAAGCCUCCUCUGCUGGUGUCUAAGAAAGCGAUGAGUCUGGCUAAGGCACCCAUGGUGCCGUCCACCCUUCACUAUGCGGCGGCGCAUGCUCAUCCGGCCUCGAAACCGACAGUCCCCCAGAGAGGUGGCCCGCGUCGCUUGUCGUCAAACGUACCCAAACCGCUUUCUGUAGACAGCGACUCCACGGAGACCGACAACGACGAGCCCACCAGCCCUAGCGAAGUCAGCGUCCCCGGGGAAAGCCGGAGGCUUGAUAUGGCGAACCCUGACCGCCCAUAUAACAUGUGGCGCGAUAAAUCAGGCACGCUCGUCCCAUUGAAAAACGUCUUGAUACCAGACGGAUACAAACCCGACACAACAAUACCGGGCCGCCCCUGGAUCUGUCCUGUCCGAAGCUGCCGCCGUCUGUUCAAGGCGCCCGUUGAUUUUGGAAAUCAUUUCAAAGGCCAUCACCGUGGGUCCCGACUGAAUGACAAUCUCGACGGGACCUUUUCCGUUGUGGGGACAAGCAACAAUACUUUGCCAGCCGUCGUCGUUUCCCGAGACCCGACGAAUACCCAAGUUACCGCCGAGCCCCUGCGACCUGUUUAUCCACGAGGAAUGGCUGCCAAAAGUAUUCUUUGGGUCAAGGCGACCGAGCCUGAUCCUAACCCGAACUCUGUCCGGAAAAGCGCUGAUGUGGAUCUCGAGAUCAUGGACGUCGAUGCCGACGUCGCCUUGGAACUCGCAGCAGAGGGCCGCCCGUACCAGGAGUGGUGGGAUGAAACGGGACAGUUGGUUAACAUGGCCGGCGCUCUGAUACCGGAUGGUUAUGAACUGGAUGACACCUUCCCUGACCGCCCGUGGGUUUGUCCCGUCAGGUCGUGUCGAUCAGCCUGUAAAUUCCGCAAGAAUCUCGGGUACCAUUUCAUGAACGCUCACAAAUCCUGCUCCCUCAACGACAACGGCGACGGCACCUUCUCCGUUGUGGGCUCACACAACGACGCCGCUCCCCGCGUUGUCUCCAAUAACCCCCCUGAGCCGAAUGAAACGCCGCCACCGCCACCACGUUUACCUCUCUACAGCCUUGAGUCUCGCAUGGCAGACCAACUGAAGGACUCUGCCACAGCAUCCCGAGCCGCAUCAACCGGUACCAGCAACGACGCCUCAACUGACGUCUCUGGGGCUCGCUCCGAAAGUGCUGCAACCCAUCUUUGGGAUCACAUCCGCUCACUUGUUCCCGAGCUCUCGGUCUCCGACGGGCAGGCACCUGAAAUCGCGAAGCUCCUCCGUCUUCCCAAGCUCCGGGAUCUCAACAUCAUCCCCGGGACGCUGCCUUCCGAUCUCAACCAAAAGCAGGUCAUGGCUCUGGCUAUCCAGAUUGUGGGUGAACUGAACCCCAAGGCCUGCAGUGAAUGCCGCCGGCAUGACGGGCCGUUCGAUUGUUGUGUCAGCCUUCCGAGCGAUGCCGCCCAGCAUUUGUACCAAUGGCUGGCUACCAGCUCGCGGGCGUGCGCCAGCUGCAUCGCCCGCAAGAACUCGUCCGCCUGCAGCCUCAGGAGGUUGGCAUCAGCCUGGGAAUGGUCGUCGAAGCAUGGUUCGCGGGUCAACAUCGACGAAAGCGCCGCUGACCUGGGUGAUGGCAUCGCUGCCGAUGCUGAGUGGAGCAAUGAGCUAUCUGGGCGAAGGCGAUCCGCGCGGUUGUUUCUAGCGAACGGUGAUGGUGAUGAGGAUGGGGAGGGCGAAGAGUCGGAUGACGAACCGCAUCCCGAUGAGGCAGAGCCGAGGCGCACGCGGUUGGUGACGUUAAAGUUGACUCGAUCCGUCGCAAAUGGUCGGGCGGCCAGGGAGCCGCGCGUUUCCGCUUGGGAAGGGAACGGUGCCACCGAGAAGGUAUUGCACAUGGAGGACUGGGAGAUGGACGAUGGUAGAGUCAAUGCGGCGGGCGAGGCAUUGGCAUUCUCCUCGACAUACCUCACCGCCAACCAGACGGUUCAGGUGUCGCAGAACAUCAACUUUCAAGCAAUCACCGUCACCUCCGGCCGAGUACACCACUUUUCAGCCGAUCCAACCAAGACCCGCAUGUGCACGCUGGCUAGCGGGAAGCUUCGGGUGCAGGUAGGCGGCGACGACUUUGUCGUUGGCUCGCAGGGCAUUUUCAAGAUUGUGCCGGGUACAGCGUGCACGGUAACAAAUCGGUGUUAUAUGGACCUUGUCUUGCAUGUCACGUCUUUGCGUGGAGGGGCGUAGGAACUUGACGAUGGCAGGAUAUCAAGAGCCUAGGUCCUCGCUCUUCGCUAGGUUUUCCAAC